UGAUGUCACUGUGUUUUGUUUGGUGGCAGGAAGUUUAUAGUCCCCCCCCUCAACACAAAUAAUAAUACCUUUGUUAUAUUAUGGGUGUUUUUAUUCUUAUUUGGAAGAUUGUCAGAGAAAUAGGCAAAGUAACGACUUACUGUUGAAGUGUUUGAAAAAAAGACCAAAUGGCAAAGCAACCUUCUGAUGUAAGUUCUGCGUGUGACAGAGAAGGUGGACAAUUACAGCCCACGGAGAGGCCUCCUCAGCUCAGGCCUGGGGCCCCCACCUCUGUACAGAUAGUGCCACAAGGUAAUCCUGAAGGCGACGGUGACCGCUGCCCUCACGGCAGCCCUCAGGGCCCGCUGGCCCCACCGGCCAGCCCUGGGCCUUUUGCUACCAGAUCCCCGCUUUUCAUCUUUGUGAGAAGAUCCUCCCUGCUGUCUCGAUCCUCCAGUGGGUAUUUCUCUUUUGACACAGACAGGAGCCCGGCACCCGGGAGUUGCGACAAAUCAACACAAACCCCAAGUCCUCCUUGCCAGGCCUUCAACCAUUAUCUCAAUGCAAUGGCCUCCAUGCGGCAGUCUCAGGCCCUACCUGCGGACCUGCGCCCGGAGAUGUGGAUCGCACAGGAGCUUCGGCGGAUCGGGGACGAGUUCAACGCCUAUUACCCACGGAGGGUCUUUUUGAAUAAUUACCAAGAAGCAGAAGGUCCCCCCCACAUGGUUGUCUUAAGGCUGUUGCGUUACAUUCUCCGUCUGGUGUGGAGGCUGCAGUGACGACGGGUUCCCUGCGGAGCCGAGAUGUGUGCAGACAUUUCACUUGUUCAAGCCGACGAGCCGGCGUCGCGGCCGCCGUGGUUCCCGGAGGGGCCGCUGUGUCCCGACACGUGGGGCCGCGUGCGGACUUGACCUUACUGGUUCAUCGCCACGUGGCAGAGUCUGAUGGAAUUUGUGAUGAAUGUAAAUGAGAGCGUAUUUUCUUUUUUUAAAAAAUGUACUGAUCAUGGUUCUUUGGAGCAGGAUUUUAUGCAAGAAGGGGGUAUAAGAGCAGGUUUUUGAAAAAAGGAAAUGGUAAUUUUUAACCAACUCCUAAAUGAAUUUUUACUAAAAAUUUAAGAACCUAAAAUUGUAAACUCAAGUGGAAACUGAGCCAGCUAAUUUCCAAAGCUGCCUUAGUUUAUUUUUACAGGCUACUGUACAGAAUUUUUUAACAUGAGAGGUAUGUAUGAUAAGGCCCCUCCCUGCCUACCGUUGCCUCUCUCACCUUUUUUAAAUCAUUGUUACCAAAAAAUUCUUAUAAAAUGGAACUGAUUAAAGGGGCAGAGGGUCUUUCGUCAGCCUGUGUUGAUAUGCCACUCCCAUUUUGUAAAUAUUUACUUACCUCCUUAAAUUCAGUUGCAUCUGUGGCAAAAUCUCAGCCUCUCUGUGUGUUCCCUUCCUUACCUUCUUCUGUGAUGCUCCUCUCGUCCGUCUUGGGUGCUGAUCCACAAGUGGGGUCCAGUCCGUCUUCCUGAUAAAGUGUAACUGGGUCAGAACGUGACUUGGAAUGCGCCUGUGUCAUCCACAGCUCAGUCAGUCGGUCCAUUGGUAGCUUACUGACUGGGAAGUGCUUGGUACUGGCUCCACGUGGUUUGGUGGGCUGGCGUUGCACAAGUGUUCUGCAGAGGUGAUAGUGGUGAUAACACAGACACAGUAUUAGGGCCCUUGGCACUGUCGGCUUUUCUGGGUGCAGGCUGUCCCCUCAUCCCAGGAGGCACUCUCAGCGUGAGGUCCCAGGUUGGCUCACGUGCCCACCUGCAGCUGAAUUUGGCUGCAGGUGUCUAAGCUGGAGUCCUUGUGGGAAUGGGCACAGGCCGUGGGCAGGGCUUUGGAUGGCCGUUUCCUGGGCAUCCUUGCUUUUCACCCAACUCAGAGUCGAUCUGGCCUUUGAUGCCCACCACUUGGUUCCCGCUCUUCUAUAUCCACUCUGAAAUGCAGGCUAAUUCAUCUCUGAGCAGUGCCAUGAAAAACUGCAGGCCUAAGUCCGAAACGGUCCUUCCUGACAGAUGUCUACUUGGUCUUUUCUCUUGGGACAGGUGGGUCUUGUCAGGCCUCCCUGUGUGUUCACUUCUUCCUCCACGCUGGCCUGUGAGGAUUGCCGUGAGUGGGGUUCUGGUGGGGAGGGGUGGUCAGUCAUUUCAAAGGCAUUUAAACAAUGGGGAAGACCCAAGACGGACAGGUUAGAGAGCAGGGAAGGAAGGGGAAGGUGCAGAUCAUUCUGUGAACCCCGUACCUCCUACAGUUUUUGAAACC